CACCAGCAGUUGGUUUAUUGGCCUGCUAGCUGCGGUCCCUUCCCCGGAGGCAAGCUGGCGGCCCUUCGGCUAGAGGCGGAGGAGAAGGAGCUGGGGGUCAUGGCCUGGGUGCUGAAGAUGGACGAUGCCACCAUCGAGUCGGGGCUGGUACACGACUUCGAUGCCAGUCUGUCGGGCAUCGGGCAGGAGCUGGGGGCUGGCGCGUACAGUAUGAGGUUAGAGAGACUGCCUGAUGUACAAUGCAUAAACAACUAGUUAUAUAUCAGUGUGUCUGAACAGGAGAUGGAAGGUACAAAUGCUUUGAACUCUCUCGUUCUCCUAAACCCUGGCUGGGAUGCACGCGAUACACACACAUGCUGUAGCCAGAGGAAUUACAGUCAUGUAUGUGGUAUCCCAUCCCCUCUGUGUGGUAUUGUGUCAGUGUGUGGUGUGUUCUUUGUUUUGGAGUGUGUUGGGGUGGGGGGGGGGGGGGGGUCUCACAACAGGUUGCUGUGGAGACAGAGGGCUUUAAUAAUAAUACCCUACCAGACACAUAAAGGGUGCAUCAGCAGAAUGUAGGGUACAUAAACUUCCUAAACCUUAAGCACAGCCCAGGGGGGGAGCGGAGAUAAGCUCUCCCCCUCUCUCUGGGACAUUGCUAGAAGGCAUCCAGCUUAGCCUAAUUCCCCUAACCCGCUACGUUAAUUCUCCUAACCCGCUACGUUAAUUCUCCUAACCUGCUAUGAAAAGUCAAACCUGCUGUUAAUUUGACAAAAGCUGGAUCCCUUCUAGCAAUGACCGUCUCUCUGGGUGGCUCAGUGGCACGGCACAUCUCGGAGUGAUGACAUCGUGGUGGAACUGUGGGGUUGCUAUGGCAGCAAUGGGAUCGGAUGCUAUGGGGAGUUUGUACCAGUCUGUUCCGUGGUGGAGGAUCUGUCAGUAACAGACACACAGUUAUGAAACACCACCCUCACAGUCACCGCAACAGCUCCCUAAGUGUAAGAAUGUGUGUGUGUGUGUGUGUCUUCCUCACAGAUGUUUGUAUCAGGGAUGUUGUGUUUCUGUGGUAAGAGUUCCCAGGACUGUCCGCUGUCUUAUCAAGAUCCUGUCUGUGUGAGUGUGUCUCCAUGUUUAGAGAGCAGCUGUGAUGCUCAGUAAGAACAGAAUGUCUCAGUUUGCCAGUGGAGCUGGCUCCUCGUGUGUCAGGAAGCAGGGGUGUAUUCAUUAUGACGAUUCUGUUGCAAGACUUUCUGCACGGGAAACCGUUUACUCCGAAUGCUCUUCAACGUGACGUAAAAGCUGUUGGGUUCUUAAACGGAAGUUGUAGUUCAUUUUAAUUUAAUGUUUUCCACGCGUUGCCAUUCCAAUAAUCUGAACAGUCUGCGAAGUGUUUUGGCACAAGCUGCACAUCUAUAAAUUAUUGAUUAUUCUGUCCUCUAAAGUGGAGUGAAGUCCGCGGGGUUCCUUCCAACUUCUUCCAGCCUCUUUUUUUUUGUGAGACAUGACUGAACCUCAACUUCCGUUUUAAGAACAAAAUGGAACUUAAUAGCUUUUGGAGUAAACAGUUUCUGUUGCAACAACGUUUUGCAACAGAAUCGGCGUAAUGAAUACACCCCCGCUACAGUUUCCUUGGUACGAGUGCAGAGUGGGGCAGCGGCUCUGUGACUGGCAUGCCAUACAGGGUGGGACAGGGAGAAUAUAGCACUGUCCGAAGCUGCUGUGUCAAUGAGGUGGUCAUGUUCCUAUGGUUCUAAAAUGAUUUAUUUCCCUCCCAUAUUUUCUACCCCCUUUCACUGAUCUGAUCACUGGAUUGGUGGAAGCUAUCCAAGAUCGGUAGUGGAACCCUUUCACCUAUCCAAGGAAGUAUUCUACAGAUUGACUUGGCUUAGAGCAUUUGAUGAACUUUGUCUUCAGACUGCCAACUCAAUAAACCUGAGCUGUUCCUGGUAGCAUGACCGCAUUCCUUGGCAUGUAGACACACUUCUGCCUCAACUGCUAGUGCUUGGGUCUGUUGGGGUGAGCUGAGGACAGGUUGUCUGUCUGGAGCUGCUGCCAAGUGUGUGUGUGUGUGUACUGUUACUGUUUCAACAGGGCUACUCCGUCUUCCUCACCCUAACACUUUUCUCUUCCUCUCUCUCUUCCUCUCUCUCUCUCUCCUCUCUCUCUCUCUUCCCCUCUCUCUCUUCCUCUCUCUCUCUCUCUCUCCCCCUCUCUCUCUUCCUCUCUCUCUCUCUCCAGUGAUGUGCUGGCCCUACCCAUUUUUAAACAGGAGGACUCCAGUCUUCCUUCAGACAGUGAGAGCUGCAGUCCCAACCCUCCCUUCCAGUAUGUUCUCUGUGCUGCCACCUCCCCUGCUGUCAAACUACACGACGAGACACUCACCUACCUAAACCAAGGUGACUUAGUCCUGUCAUGGAACACCACCUUAACAAUGCUCUGCACACACUCACAUACUGUAAUGCUUAGUAGCGCUCUCCCAACAGCAAGAAGGGAUGUUGUAUGUUUUCAAACAGCAGAGAUA